AUGGGGCACCCCAAUUCUACUCCUCUCACCCUUAAAGUUGGCUUGUUAGGACAAGGAUCCAACUUGACCCAUUAUUUCAGCCACACCUCCCUCGCCAACAAUCCCGCUCGGGCCCUGUUGCUGAUCGGCGCCAUCUUGUUGGCUUAUUGGUUUGUGUCUCUUCUCCUCGGAUUCUUCUUUUAUCUCUUGCACAUCCUAUGUGGGCGUUUCUUCUGGAUCAUCCGAAUCGUCCUCUUUGCUCUUUCCUGCGUCUACAUCCUGCAGAAAUAUGAGAGCGAGCCCGAGCAUGCCGUCCUUCCCCUCUGCUUCGUGGUUGCUGUCUACUUCAUGACGGGCCCCGUCAGCUUCUACUGGCGGAAGAAUAGUCACAACACUUUGGAGGAGAAGAUCGACCACCUCGACAGCCAGAUCAGGCUUCUGAACAUCCGCCUGUCUCGCGUGAUCGAGAACCUGGACCGAGGAGGUGACUAACAGGAACAUCACCCUUCCUGCAGGAGACAGGCGAUUGUCUCGUCCAUGGCGAGGCAGACUUUGGGGUAAAGGAGAUGUGCACCAUCCAGCCGUUAGUCUUCGCGUGUAUCUUGUCCGUCCGUACCCCGAACGAAAACACAAAUGAACUCAUAAAAUAGAUUAGCUGUACGUUCAGACAUGUUCGCCCAUGAGUAGAAUUUUAUCUGCUGUUUUCCAAGCAUUUGAAACAUCUUUUAUAUAAAAAGAAAAAAAGAAAAAGAAAAAAAUAAGAGGGAGGGAGGGAUUUGAUGAAGGCUGAUGGAGUCAUUGGUUUCAGACAAGAAAAUUAUCUAUAAACCGGUCACCGAUUUCACCUUCGGAAAGAAGGAAGGAAGCACGAAGAAUUCAGCUCUAGAGGAACAGUCGUGAGGAUCGGUUUUCCUUUCUUUCUUUUUUCCAUCUUGCCUUCAGUGAUCAUUUCAUGUUAUGCCUCAAUUUGUCUUUUUCAUAUAAUUGCGAAGGAAAAAAUAAAUUAUUUGAGUCAGAUCCAAAUAGGGUUCACCCUGAAUUUUGAAAGGAAGAGGUUGCAUCCUUCGGAUAUCGACGAGAAGCAUCAAAACUGCUUCUGUAUUUUUUCCCUCCUCCUAUCAGUUUUACUAAAAACAGGCCCUUUCUUUAGCCUACACACAAACACACACACACAGUCCAGCUUCCUAUAAAUGGUUGAGCCCCCUUCUCCCAAACCUCUCCUGCUAAAAUCUUCUGGCUGCCCACGUUGGCUCUUCUUCCUUGGCACAACUUAAGCAAAAGACCUUGAGGGAGUGUCAGUCAGAUAAUAUCUGUGGAGAACAGCCUGGUGUGUUUUCGGAAUAGAAGUUACAUUUCUAUCGAAAUUAUGUGUUGCCUGAAAAAAGAGAGAAAAGUAGAAAUAAACCCCAAGCAAACUCAGCUCAACUCAUUUUUAAAACGCCGCAGUCACAAUCGGCGACAGAUUAAAAAAGGAUUGCAAAAAAAGAAGAAGAAAAAAGUGGGAUACGGGAAUCUUUCUCAGGAUUAACGUGGCAAUAAAUUCCAUAAAACCGUCAACUUCAGAAGGAUCUGUGCUUCAUCUAUCCAAAAUCUUUUUUUUUUCUUAGCUAAUACGGAGGAGACUAUUGUGUUCACUCCUUAAAAAAAUGGAGUGGCUAAUUUGGUUUGCCAUUAAAAAAAAUUGCCCGAGUGACCAUUUGAGGUUCCUGGUGUAAAUGGUACCCGCAAAGUAGUAAACCACCAAAGAAUUAACAUUUUUCCCCACGUGUUUCUAACCUCAAAAAACACGUUACUCUUUGGCUUGAAGACCUAUUCCACUGUCAGUCAUUUUCCUGGGAAAACUGGAAGCUGUGGGAAUAGAUAGCAUCUCCUGACCUUGUGAUCCCCCUUUGCCUGGAUGACGAUGUGUGUGUGUGUGUGUAUCUGUUCUGACCUAAAGGACAUUAUAGACUCUUGUGAGUUGGUGUCUCCUUCCUUCCAGAAAAAACCCAACAUUUUUUGAAGGUUGCCACUGAGUCCUAAUCAUUCCCAAAUGAAGGCAAACACAAAACCACCAUUUUUCUUCCGCGAUCUAAUUCUCCAAAUAAAAGAAUAAAGAUUUGCGAUCUUGCAGAAUAAGAAAGGGCAACUUGGAAUUGAGAGAACGUUGGUUAAAAUGAACUCCCUCCUUUAAAUCAGCUUCCCGUAGUGGCAAUGCAGGAAUUAGAAAAAUAUAUAGAUGUAUAUGUAUAAAUAGAUUUGAUAUACACAGCAUUUUGUUUGGUAUAAGGCCACAGUUGAAAAAAGAAUAGAGAUAUAGAGAUAUAUAUUGCCCCCGCUGCCUUGGUGCAGAUUUGGCUAAGUAAAAUAAACAGGAGCACAAAUUAUUGUACUUGAAAUAGACUCUUCUUGUCAUUUCCUUGCAGAAUUUUGAAAGUGAAGAUGACCUUAAGUUAUCCCCCCCCCCACCUUAUUCUAUUAAAAAUACAAAUGUGGGUGGAUUUUUUCUGAUUUAUUUUUCUUCUUGUUACUGUUCACUUCUCUUGUGGCUAGUACCAUCAAGGUAUUUUUUCACCUUUGCUCAUCUAGAGGCCUAGAAAAUACCCUGCUUUGUAGAAAACGGGUGUUGGUAGCCUAUUUAUUCAAUAUAUAGGUUCAGGGAGAAGAAUUAAGCAUUGCAGUUAAUUAUGGAUGGCUGUGGUUGGCCAAGGGCAAUAGUAAAGUUUUUAAUUUGAUUUGUCAUUCAGGAAAGCAGAGGUGAAAUGUUCAAACUAACCAGCUGCGAUUCCUUUCUUACAAACCUUACAUCCAUUUUCAAAUUGAUACUAGAUGUUUUCCCCCCAGCCUGAAUUAAGAUUGGAUUUUUACUGUUGUUAAUUCCUAACAGUUUGGAAAAACAGGUUUGCAAUGCGUGCCAGCUUACUGUUACAACCUCUGCAAAUAAUUAUUUUUUCCCUUUGUUGCAAGGUCAGCCGAUCUUGGUUAAUUCUAACUUGGAUUGUCAUUCAGAUCCUCCUCGGUAUAAUUCUGGUUAGAAUUACCCAUGAGGAUACUAUUGGAAGCAAAAUACUUAGAUGCCAAAGCAGGCUUGAGAAAGCAAGCAGGCUUUGCAUUCCUUAAAUAAUGCAAGAAUAUACAAAGCUAAUCCUCUUUUGUACAAAGAUAUUAGGCGUGCUAAAAAUUUUACUUUGCCAAGAUUUUUACGUUCCUAGGAUGGUUUUGGUUCAAUAAAUAGACCGACUUUAAUUUUUCUAAUCAUUCAAAACAACUUAAUAAACCCCAAUCUUACGGGGAUAUUACAAUGAUGGCAGCUCAAGGGAAUUUUUUUCCCCAACCGAAAAUUCCAGUCUUGUGUUAAAAUCAGAGUGUCGUGUGAGACAUUUGUGGUGAAUCAUCUGUGCAAUUAUUGUGAUCAAUUGAGGCACGUCAGCCUGAACAAGAAAUAGAGCAGAACUACUGAAUUUAAUGUUUUUUUUUUAAAGUUGUCUUAGGUUUUGGAAUAUUGUGUGCAAAUGUGUGCUAAGAUAAUGUCAUACUUUUGCCUUUUGGGAUAUAAUUGGGUUGGAUAUUUUUUUGUGAGCUAUCUUUAUUUGUUGGCUGUAGGUUAUAUAUAUUUUUUCUGUUGAUAAAGGUGAAAUGUGUUUUCUUGCCUGUUAAUUUGUAUUUUGCAGCUAAGAUUCUAUCUUAACUGGCUUCUCUUAUCUUCUACUUAUUUUAAAGAUCUUUAAUCUUUCUUACAUUUUGCAUGAAACUUAAAACUGCUUCCUUGAUUCCCGGGAUCCUUGUUGCCAAGUGCCAUGUUUAAAAAUGUCCUGUUGUAAAAGCAGAAAUAUAUAGUAUCUAGAUAUCUAGAUAUAGAUAUAUAUCCCUGGAUCCUAACUGUUUAUCUGCACUGAGUGUAGUGAUUGAUUAUCCUACCUGGACAUUUGAUCUCCUAAGUAUUAAGUUUUUUUUUAAAAAAAAAGUCUGUAUGGCAAAAUUAUGUGUUUUGUUUAAGGAAAAAGAGAUGAUUUUGGUGAGAAGGAAAUGUCAUGGGCCUCCUUUUAAUCAAUGAUCUUAAUAAAACCUUAGUUCUAUGAAUGAUGCUGUUGAAUAACUGUGAAGAUUUGGAGGAAACAUUCGUCCACACCUUUAUUUAUUAUUUGACCAUCAAGACCUAUGUACUUCUACAUAGUGAAUCGUUUGUAGACUGAUGUCACAACUGAAUUAGGGUGUGGUGACCAAAUAAAUCUUAAAUGUUUA